AUGCGCUAUUCUGUCGUCGUUGCUGUUGCCAUGGUUGUUGCAGCUCCAACCUUCGUUGCUGCAGUGCCUGGCAUCGCGAAAAAACUCGCGAUGAAGGGUGUGGACAAAUUUCACAAGCAUAAAUUUACAAUGCACGAUCUCAAAACCGCUGCUGAUGUUUCUCAAACCGCUGCUCAAGUUUCCAAUAAUGUUAAGACUAUUAAUGACAACCUAGGGCGUCGUGAAGCCCAUCUACUGGGUCGCGAUGAUGUGGAAAUGGAACUCCAUGACCAGGCGAAACGGUAA